GUAUGUGUAUGUGUAUGUGUUAGAGAGAGAGAGAGAGAGAGAGAGUGCAGCAGUAAGGUUAGGUCACUGGUUUCACACAACAUAAAUUGAACAGCACACAGGAUUACUAUACAGCGCACAGAAUCCCAUGCUCCAUCCAUGACAGUGUGGGGGUCCAGAGUGAAGCGCUGCAUGGGGCCUAACGUCUACACGGCUCCCCCAGAUGGUGGCUGGGGCUGGGUGGUGGCGGUCUCCUUCUUCUUGGUGGAAGUGUUCACCUACGGAGUCAUCAAGAGCCUGGGCAUCUUCCUCCAGGACCUGAUGGAGGAGUUUGGGGAGAGCAACAGCCGAGUCUCUUGGAUCAUCUCCAUCUGUGUCUUCGUCAUGGCCUUCACUGCUCCUCUCGCUUCUGUGAUGACCAACCGGUUUGGCUUUCAGACAGUUGUUAUGAUUGGUGGACUCCURGUCUCCAUAGGAACCAUCGCCAGUGGCUUCACCAAAUCCAUCAACGAGAUGUACAUCACCAUCGGACUCUUUGCAGGUCUGGGGUACUGUCUGACCUUCCUGCCCACCAUUACUCUCCUGUCCCAGUACUUCUCCCACCGACGCUCCCUGGUCACAGCUGUCGCCUCCACAGGAGAGUCCUUCUCUGUGUUCGCCCUCGCCCCAGCCUUCUCUGCUCUGAGGGACUGUAUCGGCUGGCGUUACACCCUGGUGGUGAUCGGAGCUCUACAGGGCAUCAUCAUCAUCUGUGGAGUUCUGCUAAGACCCAUCAUCAUCAGACCUGGACCAGCCACGAUGACAGAAACUGAUGGACUGGCUGACAAAGAGCUGAAGGCUCUGGAUACUCUGGACACACAGGAGGAGUACUACAGUAAGGAGAGGUUGUACACUAAGGGCAGUUCAUAUGCUAAGGAUGGGUCUUACACACUGCAGAGGGAUAGCAAGCUGGCUCAUCGUUUCUCCCUGAGCUCUGGAGAGUCUGAAAACUCUGAAGUUCAGUUCCUCCAUCACCAGGUCCUGAAGGACGGCAGUAAGGCAGGGGAGGAGAUAGAGGAGGAGGAGGCGUCUUCACAGAGMUGCUUAGGAAGCAAGGAGAAGGAGAUGGAGAAGGAUGAGGAGACGGAGGAGAAGGAUAUGGAGCAGACACAAACACUAUCCCCCCAGAAACUCCUUGACUUCUCCAUGUUAAGAGAAGGCAGCUUCAUCUGCUACGCUCUCUUCGGCCUUUUUGCCACAUUGGGUUUCUUCGCCCCUCAGCUCUACAUCAUCGAGCUGAGUGUGAACCGUGGCGUGAAGCGUGACCGCGCCGCCCACAUGCUCUCCGCCAUGGCCUUUGCCGAGAUCUUCGGCCGCCUCUCCAUUGGUUGGGUGCUAGGCAGGAAGCUGUUCAGAGGCAGGAAGCCCCUGGUGCUGCUGGGAUGUGUAGUUCUGCUGUGCCUGGUGCUGGUGGCCUUUACCCUGGUGUGGGAGUUCUGGGGCCUGGCCGUGUGUUGUGGGUUCUAUGGGUUUUUUAUAGGCACCGUGUCGUCGACACAUAUACCUAUGCUGGCAGAGGAGGAUGUGGUGGGCAUAGAAAGGAUGUCGUCAGCUGUGGGGGUCUAUGUGUUUAUACAGAGCUUCGCUGGGCUGGCGGGACCACCUCUGGGAGGUGUUCUUGUGGACCUGACUCAGAACUACGGCUCAGCGUUCUACUCCUGUGCAGUGGGUAUGGGUCUAGGGGCUGUGUUCCUGGGUCUGGUACGACCAGCCAAGAGAGGCCUGCUCUGCUGCAGCACAACCAGGCCUCAGAGCAUUUCGUAUUAUUCUAAUAAUACGAAGUGCUCUGAGACCAGGUUGUGCAGCAGGAGGGGGGAUCAGAACCUCCCAGAACCCAUGCAGGUGGGGCCGGGGAACCCUGUACCUCAGCGAGAGGGGAAGGAGGCCCAGGACAGAGACAGUCCUCAGGACUUCCUAGAAGUUGACCUUGAUUUGGACCAGAAAACGUUACUGAAAAAGGCCAACAGAUGACAAUCUCUACUUGAAAAGACAUCAAAGAUCUGGUUUCGGGAGUCUGGAGAGUGGCUCACACUGAACAAAUGAAAUCCCAAUCACGGCCAGUUGUGACACAGCCUGGAAUCGAACCAGGGUGUCUGUAGUGACGCCUCAAGCACUGAGAUGCAGUGCCUUAGACCGCUGCGCCAUUCGGGAGCCCAUGAACAUGAACACACUGUUUUGGCUCAUGGUAUUGUAAGAGAGGAUACAAACAAUAUGUAGAUGCAUGAAGUCAGCUGUGAAGAAAUAAUAACACCAUGACAUCAUGUUGUAUUCAAUUACUUUUUAAACGUCACUUUACAUUUUUUAGACUAAGCAAUCACUUGGUACUAAUAAAAAAUAAAUAUCACAA